AUGGCGCCCACAUUUCUGAUCCUCCUGGGGGCCGCCGCCGUCCUGCGAGCAGACGGAGUUCCUGGCACAUGUAAGUUUUCAUUUCUCCCACCUGCCAACUUCACCAUUAAAGCUACCGGUUUGGCUCAAGUUCUUCUACGCUGGGAGCCGAACCCCGAUCAAGAGCGAAGGAAGCUUCAGCUGGGCUAUCACGUGAGGAUCCAUGCUCCACAGGCUGAUGACUACGAAACCAAGAACACUGAAAGCCGGCGGGUGAGCGUCCUUCACCAGGGCUUCUCGGCAAGCGUGCGGACCGUCCCGUGGGAAGGCCGCCUGCGGACCGUCCCGUGGGAAGGCCGCGCCCUCCCUGCCAGCCGCUGGGUGUCUGCCGAGCUGGAGGCCCCGCCAGGGUCCCCUGGCACCUCGGCUGUGAAUUUAACCUGCACUACGAACACCGUGGCAAGUAACCUCACAGAGUCCAGGCCCUACUGGGUCUCUCUCCGCUGCGCCUGGCACGUUGGCAAGGAGGCCCCCCUGGACACGCAGUAUUUCUUCUACUACAGGUAUGGCUCCCAGACCGAAGAAUGCCGAGAGUACAGCCAGGACGCGCUGAAGAGGAACGUCGCGUGCUGGUUUCCAAGGACCUUCAUCCAAGGCAAAGGGCGGGACUCACUGGCGGUGCACAUCAACGGCUCCAGCCGCUGCGCCGCCAUCAAGCCCCACGACCAGCUGUUCGCUCUUCACGAAAUCGAUCAAGUAAACCCUCCUGGGAACGUCACGGCGGAGAUUGAAGGGACCCGCCUCGCGCUGCGCUGGGAGAAGCCAGUUUCCGCCUUUCCAGCCCAUUGCUUCAACUACGAAGUCAAAAUGCGCAACACCGGGAGCGGCUACACCCAGACCAGAGAAUCGAGGACCAACGAGUUCAACACCACGGUCAGCGAGGUUUCCAAGUACUGCAUCGCGGUGAGAGCGGCCCUGAGCAGCCUGUGCAGAGAGGGGUCCUGGGGGCCCUGGAGCCGCCCAGUGCUCGUGGGGAGGGAGGGCCCAUGCGCCCGGCCACACGAGGGCGCCGAACGCCACGGGAGCCCCAUUAACCUGGAACGGGGGGUGCGCGAUGGCGGACAGCCGGCGGCCUCCACCCCAGACGGGAGCCAGUUCGUAGGCGUCAGCGGGGACUUGCCCUCUCCUCCGGACAUGGCCCAGAUGGCGGAGCAAGCCCGACGCGACGAGCGGACGCCCUGGAUGGCGUGGUGUCUGACCCUGGUCAUGGUGGCCCUGUGUGUCUUGCUCGCCGGCCUGGUCUCCUGCAGCACGUGUCACGUGUGGACCACGCUGUUUCCAGCAGUUCCAGGGCCAAAAAGCGACAUUAAAGAUCUCGCGGUGACCAUGAACUACGAGAAAACCGGGUCUGGGGAAACAGAAAGUGAAGUCAUAAGCUACGUGGAGGAGCCUGGGCUCGAGGUCCUGGACGACUUCGUGUUCUGA